GGAGGCGCUGCGGGAGCCGCAUGGAGGAAGAGUGCCCAGACCUUCCAGCUGCAGCAAGGCCGGGAGGUGCUACCUGCAGGGUCGUUGGAUCGCGGAGAGACGAUGCAGGAGACGUCCGCCAGACUCCUGUCUUCGAGGGUGAGCGCGCCAUGUCCAAAGACAACAACCUGCUGGGCAUGUUUGAGCUGACAGGCAUCCCGCCCACCCCACGCGGGGUGCCCCAGAUUGAGGUGACCUUCGACAUUGACUCCCGCGGCACCCUCAGAAUCUCGGCCGUGGACAAGAGCAUGGGGAAGGAGAACAAAAUCACAAGGGCAGCGCAUGGUGCAGGAGGCGGCGCAGUACAAGGCGGAGGACGAGGUGCAGCGGGAGACGAUCGCGGCCAAGAACUCGCUGGAGUCGCUGGCCUUCAACAUGAAGAGCACGGCCGAGGACGAGAAGCUGAGGGACAAGCUGGCACCCGAGGACAAGUGCAAUGAGGUCAUCAACUGGCUGGACCAGAACCAGGAUUUCAGAUUCAUUUCUGCCUGUGAAAUGAGGAAUAAGGACUGAAGGUUUAUUGUGUAUUCAUGGUGGGAAAACUCUAUUUCCAGCCCAUCAAUGGAAGACCAGGUACAGAGUUAACAGACCAUUAGCAUUAUUCAUCUUUGUGUGUCUCUUGGGCUAUGUCUAGA